UAAACUUCAAACUUCCUGCUUCCCUGUUGCUGUUCCGCUAAACUUUUUUGUCGGCGGUCAUGGGGGGAGACGUUUAAAUCCAGUUCGGACCAGCUAUUUUCCAUGGACCAUAGACCAAAAGAACCAGAGGACGAGUCCGACUUUUUGUGACACGAGCAAAAAACAAUUUAUUCCUUCUUAGUUACCAAUGAACGCCUCAUGCUGUGUUGCUAAAGUUAGCUAAGUCAGUUAGCAGUUUGUCGUGAUUUGACCCAGCGGGGUUUAAGGCGAGGUGCAGUGAAAGCAGCCAGAAAAUUAGAGACAUGGAGAAUCCAAACAGACCUCAGAGGAAAAUGUCCAGAGCUGGAGAGAGUUUGUACAAAGUUCUGGGCCUGGAGAAAGGAGCUUCUCCGGAGGAAAUUAAAAGGGCCUACAGGCGAUUGGCUUUGCGAUAUCACCCCGAUAAAAACCCAGACAACCCGGAAGCUGCUGAAAAGUUCAAGGAGAUCAACAGUGCCAACACGAUCCUCAGCGAUGAGAAAAAAAGGCCGAUCUACGAUGAGUACGGAUCUAUGGGUCUGUACGCGGCCGAUCAGUUUGGGGAGGAAGGCGUGAAAUACUACUUCCUGAUGUCCAAGUGCUGGUUUAAGGCACUUGUGGUGUGCUGCAGUAUUUUCACCUGCUGCUGCUGUUUCUGCUGCUGCUGUUUCUGUUGCGGGAAGUGCAAAACUGAAGACGAGGAGAACUUCGAUCAUAUAGACCCUGAGGACCUGGAGGCAGAGAUCAGGCAGCAGGAUGCAGCAGGAGACCAUGUAAUAAUUGUUCAGCCGAGCUCUAGUGCAGCCACUGAAAAAGCAGGUACAGGGGAAAACGUGCCGAUUGUGAUUCAGCCUCAAGCAAACAAUGGCACCUUCAAUGAGUGACGUCUCUGUGGCUCCUUCAGGUUCACCAGUUAUUAAACCAGGCUGUCGUCAGUGGCUGAGUAUAAACACGCUUUCUCUGUUUUGUUUUUUUUUCUUGCUCCAACUGUGGCUCAUGUGGAAAAUAUCUAAGAGCAACAAAAUGUUUACAUAAAUCAGCGAUAUCAAUGUUUGAUGAUUUUUAUUAAUGCCAAUGAAUCUAUCUUUUUUUAUUUAUUUUUUAACAGUUGAAAAAUUA